CAUUUUUUUUUGAAGAAGGUGAACACAAAAUUACUAAUCCACCCUAUAGAGCUCUUUUAUUAGAAUUAUACCAGUUUUGUUAAUCGACAAACAAGAAUGUUAUGAAUAUAUAUUGGUCACAGUCGGUGGCCAAUUUUUUUUAUUUUUAUUUUUAUAUGGUAGUUAGUGACCAAUCUUUUUAUUUUUAUCCUCGUAUUGCAACCUAUUAGGUUAGAAGAGAUUCUUGAACAAUACAUAAAUACAUUAGAUAUUCCUUAAAAAAAAAAAAAAAUAAUAAAUACAUUGGAUUCAGUAUUUCAGUUACGAGUCAGUUAAACUGUAGUGCGAACUUGGGAGAGGGAAAAUUCGAACGAAGAACUUCGACGAACCAAAAGUCAAAUGUUCUAAUGGAAGCGGGUACCGAAGACUGUGAAGAGACCGUUGAUUCCUCAGAAGAUGUUAAUGAGAAAAAUUCUGUUUCUGUGAUGAUUUCCGACCCAAAUUCAUUUGAUUGCUGCAUUUGUUUUCAACCCUUGAGUAUCCCCGUGUUCCAGUGUGUUAAUGGUCAUAUUGUUUGCUCAACCUGCUGUGAUAAACAUCGGAACAAGUGUCCCAAAUGCUCAAAACGUAUUCGCUUAAAACGUUGUAAAGCCAUUGAGAAUCUUUUGCAAUCUUUCGAAAUGUCAUGCCCGAAUGAAAAACAUGGCUGCAAGGAGACAAUGGGCUACAAUGAGAAGAAGAAGCAUGAAGAAGAAUGUAUGUAUGUGCCAUGUUACUGUCCCCUUUCAGGUUGUGACUUUGUUGCCUCAUCAGAAGUGUUGUCCAAUCAUUUCAGCCAUAAACACAAGGAUUUUCAAAGCACAUUUUCUUAUGGUCACUCCUUCAUUGUCUCCUUAAAGUUUAAUGACGAAGCCAUUGUUCUUCAAGAGGAAUGUGUCGGCAAACUGUUUAUCCUCAAUAAUAGUAUUGUGAGUCUGGGAAAUGCGGUCAGUAUUAGCUGCAUUGGUCCUAACUAUUCUGAGCCGUGGUAUCAGUAUGAUAUAUUGGCCAGGUCUCAAAUAUGCAGUUUGAAGUUACAGUCUUUUCCGAAGAAUGUCCAACGCGUUAGUUUAGCAGAUCUUUCAUCAACGUUCCUCGUGAUUCCAUUUGGUCAUUUUGGUUCUUCUGAACUUCUCGAGCUAGAAAUUUGCAUAACCCCCAAGAUGCAAAUCUUCAUAAAGACCCUGACUGGAAAGACGAUCCCCCUGAAGGUGGAGAGUUCAUACACAAUAGCAAACUUGAAGGCGAAGAUUCGAGAGAAGGAAAGAAUCCCAGUGGAUCAGCAAUGUCUGAUCUUUGCCAGUAAGGAACUAGCUGACUGUCAGACCCUUGCCAAUUACAACAUCCAAGAGAAGUCAACCCUCAACCUCAUCCUCCGAAGAAGAAAGGGUAUGCAAAUAUUUGUAAAGGGUUUAGAUGGAAAGACAAAGACCCUUAAAGUUAAGAGUUCAUACAGGAUUCCCAAAGUGAAAGAGAUGAUUUUUGAGAAUGAUGGUAUCCCAGUGCAAGACCAACGUCUGAUCUUUGCUCGUAUGCAACUCGAUGGCAACCGGACCCUUGCCGAUUACAAUGUCACAAAGGAGUCAACCCUCCACCUCGUCCUCCGCCUCCUUGGAGACAUGCAAAUAUUCAUAAAGAUCAUAUAUGAAAACAAGAGGUUCCCCCUGAUGGUUAAGAGUUCAGACACGAUACUCAAUGUGAAGAAAAAGGUUCAGGACAAGGAAGGGAUCCCUGUCCACCAACAACGUCUGUUCUUUUCCAAGAAGCAACUAGAGAACCGCCAGACCCUUGCCAGUUACAACAUCCAAGAGAAGUCAACUACGGAAAUUUCCCUCAUUUUCCGUGGCAUAGGUCCCCCUGAUGGUUACAAGUUCAGACACGAUACUAAUGUGAAGAAGAAGAAUUAUGAAAUGGAAGCGAUCCCAGUGCACCAACAGCGUCUAUUCUUUGACGGUAAGCUAAUAGAGGAACGCCAAAUCCUUGCCAAUUACAGCAUCCAAGAGAAGUCAACUAUUGAAACGACUUUGCGUUCUCCUCAGUUUCCGUGGCUUGGCAGACUAGAUGACCACCACACCUCAUUGUCUGCUACUAGUUCAGACACGAUACUGGAUGUGAAAAAGAAAAUUCAUGACAAGGAAGGGAUCCCAGUGCACCAGCAGCGUCUAUUCUUUGACGGUAAGCCAAUAAAGGACCGCCAGACUCUUACCAAUUACAACAUCCCGAGAACUCAACCAUUGACACUCGUUCGGCUUUGUUUGGGAAUGCAAAUCUACGUAAAAGACCUGACUGGAAAGAUGAUCCCCUUGAGGGUUGAGAGUUCAGACACAAUAGAAAAUGUGAAGAAAAAGAUUCUUGACAAGGAAGGGAUCCCAAUGCACGAGCAACGUCUGAUCAUCGACGACGGUAAGCAGUUAGAGGACAACCUUACCCUUGCCAAUUACAACAUCCAAGAGAAUUCAACCAUCCACCUCCUCAUCCGCCUCCAUGGGAGCUAGAUGACCAGCACACCAUAACCAAUUACUACAUCCGAGCACAGGCAACCGUCCCUGCCAUCGACAAUUCAUGAAGAUAAUCACCCAAUUAGUAGAGAAGUCAUACAU